AUGAUUGCAUCCCUAUUUAGUCGUGGAGCAUUGUCGCUCGCGGUCUUGUCGCUUCUCGCGUCCUCUGCUGCAGCCGAUGUAUUUGAGAGUUUGUCUGCUGUUCCUCAAGGAUGGAGAUAUUCUCGCAGGCCGCGUGCUGAUCAGCCCUUGAAGUUACAGAUCGCUCUGACACAGGGGGAUACUGCCGGCUUCGAAGAGGCUGUGAUGGAGAUGUCAACCCCCGAUCACCCUAGCUACGGGCACCACUUCACCACCCACGAAGAAAUGAAGCGGAUGCUACAGCCCAGUGCGGAGUCCGCGGAGUCAAUCCGUGACUGGCUCGAAGGCGCGGGUAUUACCAGGAUCGAACAGGAUGCAGAUUGGAUGACCUUCUACACCACCGUGGAGACGGCAAAUGAGCUGCUGGCAGCCAAUUUCCAGUUCUACGUCAGUAAUGUCAGGCACAUUGAGCGUCUUCGCACACUCAAGUACUCAGUCCCGAAGGCUCUGGUGCCACACAUCAACAUGAUCCAGCCAACCACCCGUUUCGGCCAGCUGCGCGCCCAUCGGGGCAUAUUACACGGCCAGGUCAAGGAAUCCGACGAGGCUUUCCGCUCAAACGCCGUGUCCGCUCAGCCGGAUUGCAACAGUAUCAUCACUCCUCAGUGUCUCAAGGAUAUAUAUAAUAUCGGUGAUUACCAGGCCAAUGAUACCAAUGGGAACAAGGUCGGGUUUGCCAGCUACCUAGAGGAGUAUGCACGAUACUCCGAUCUGGCACUAUUUGAGAAAAAUAUCGCGCCCUCUGCCAAGGGCCAGAACUUCUCCGUCACCAGGUACAACGGCGGUCUUAAUGAUCAAAGUUCCAGCGGUAGCAGCAGCGAGGCGAACCUGGACUUGCAGUACAUUGUUGGAGUCAGCUCUCCUGUUCCCGUCACCGAAUUUAGCGUUGGCGGCCGUGGUGAACUUGUUCCCGAUCUCGACCAGCCUGAUCCCAAUGAUAACAACAACGAGCCAUACCUUGAAUUCCUCCAGAACGUGCUCAAGCUGGACAAAAAGGACCUUCCCCAGGUGAUUUCUACCUCCUAUGGUGAGGACGAGCAGAGCAUUCCCGAGAAGUACGCCCGCAGUGUUUGCAACUUGUACUCGCAGCUCGGUAGCCGUGGUGUAUCCGUCAUUUUCUCAUCUGGCGACUCCGGCGUUGGGUCCGCGUGCCUGACGAACGACGGCAGGAACGCGACCCGCUUCCCACCCCAGUUCCCCGCCGCCUGCCCGUGGGUGACAUCAGUCGGCGCGACAACCCACACCGCGCCCGAACAGGCCGUGUACUUCUCGUCCGGCGGCUUUUCCGAUCUCUGGGCUCGCCCGAAAUGGCAAGAGGAGGCCGUGAGUGAGUACCUCGAGAUCCUGGGUAACCGCUGGUCUGGCCUCUUCAACCCUAAGGGUCGUGCCUUCCCCGAUGUCACAGCCCAAGGUCGCAAUUACGCUAUAUACGAUAAGGGCUCGUUGACCAGCGUCGACGGCACCUCCUGCUCGGCACCUGCCUUCGCCGGAGUCAUCGCCCUCCUCAACGACGCUCGCCUCAAAGUCAACAAACCACCAAUGGGCUUCCUUAAUCCUUGGCUGUACUCGACAGGGCGCGCCGGCUUAAAGGACAUUGUCGAUGGCGGCAGCACGGGUUGCGAUGGCAAGAGCCGCUUCGGUGGUGCCAAUAACGGUGGUCCGUCGAUCCCAGGUGCUAGCUGGAACGCUACUAAGGGUUGGGACCCUGUUUCUGGUCUCGGGUCGCCCAACUUUGCUACCAUGCGCAAGCUUGCGAACGCUGAGUAG